UGUGCUGAAAUGUUUUGAGAGCCGAAAUGGUGAAAAUCUCAAAUUAUAUUAUAGAAGAAAUACAUGUGGAAAUUGUAUGAAUGCGAUUAUUCUGUGCUUAUAAACAUAACAUUGAUAAGGUUAUAUAUUGACUGAACUGAUGAAGCGUGAAAGAGAUAUUUUCAUUAUCUAUUCACUAUAAACUGUACAUCAUGUGUGGACUUUUACAACAUAACUAAAGUGGGUUUCAGAUGAUGGAGGAUUUCUCAGGUCUUGCGUUACCCCCAUUGUUUGGGGGUCACAUCCUGGAGGCUGAGCUGGAGACGGGUGGGGUGGAGCUUGGCCCCAGUGGCAGUGAGCUCCUGGAUAAUGAUGGGGCACCACCCGGCCCGGGACAGGAUGGGGAGGAAGAGAGGAGAGAGCUUGACAAAAAAAAGUAUCAGGUUCUCAGUAAAAGAUGCAAGGAGAUUGAACAGGUGAAUGAGAAGAUUUUGGGUCGUCUUCAUCAAGUCCAAAGACUGACAAGGCGAUUGAGGAAAGAAAGGAGGUUUCUUCUGAAGACUCUGGAUUCAUAUGGAGAUGAUUACAGGACAGCACAGCUCACCUUCCCGCUAGAAGAUGAAGGAAAAGCUGGUUUAGAUUCUGCUCUUGGUGGUGAUGACGAUAGCUCCUCCCCUACAUUCAGCAACCACCAAUCAGCAGGUGUAAGCAAGAAAAAGAGGCACCGGCUUCCAAAAGACAAAGAGAGAGAUACGCUUCAGACUGAAUCUGAGCACCCCAUGAUGACUGAAGGUCAGUUCACAGGCUUCCCCAGUCCCAGUUCUCUCUCUCACUGAUCUCAGAGCAGUUUUGCACCAUGUUAUUAUACCACAUUGGUUUGCUAUGCUACCGUAAAAAUCGUUCUCUAUUUUGAGUGUUUGGGAAAAUACAUUUUUUAAGGCACAUGUACAUUUUUUUUU